AUGCUUGAUGUCGAUGCGUUAAAAAAGCUAUCUCCAGAACAACAAGAACAAGUGAUUACCGGUGUGAAACAACAAGCUGCUUUGGCAAACGCCCAAAACCUUGUCACGGUGAGUGGAAUUAUGAGUAUUUACAAAGAAAAAUACUACUCGUUUUACGCAAAAACAUGCUUUCCUUGAGAGUUUUGUCAAAAAGCAUAUGAAAAACUGAAAAAAUAAAAAUUAAGUUAGUUUAACUAUUCCUGGAUACAUUGAGAGUGCAAAAAUAUGCAAUUCAGUUCAUAAUUUUAAAAAAAUAAACUAUAAAAUCCAUUGGAGUUGGUUGAAAAAAUUGGAAAAUCAAAAAUAAUAAUUGAGCUGCGAUGAGUGAGCCUUUAUAAAUGCGCUUUCAGAGAAAUGGCAUUUAUUUAAUGGAAAAAAUGCAUUAAAAUUAAAACAAACAGAGAAAAAGUUUAUGUUCAUAGUCGUGCCAAAGAUUUUAAUUUUGAUUUGAAAGAAAAGUUUUGCCGAAAAAUCUUACUUUUUGGAUAAAACUUUCUUAAAUACUUUGACAGCUGCAUAGAUUUCGUCAAGUAUUUUUUGCACCGUUUGGAGAUAAGGAUCGUAUAAAUACUUAGGAUACAAGUAGCUACCGGGUAGUUACUCGGAAUGCGUAAGCUAAUCGGUAAUCGCUCAUUAGCACUGCGUAUUAUCUUUAUAAGUGCACGUCAGGAGUAUAGGACCUCCAUAACUUCCGAGACAUUAGAUAUAAUUUGAAUUUUGACGCGACGUGUUUUUGCGGUUAUUCCGAUCGCGUUUCCGGGUUCUACACUUAUCACGCCCACUUUAGUACCUCGAUUCUACCGUGUGGGUAUUUGGAUACUAUCGUUAUUUUACUCGACAUUUGGGAUUGCUACCAGGUGGCUGAUUGGCGGUCGUCUAACACCCGAGGGGUUUUUUUUGAAACUUGCCAAGACUUCAUUGAACAACGCUGAAAAAAUAUUACUACUCGGGAAGAGUGUGUCGGGCUAGCCCGGGGCUACCCGAUAGCAAUUGCAAAUUUCAGGUAGAAUAUCGAUAGUAUCAUUGUAGCAUAAAUUCACCUUUUGUAAUCAAAAAUAUAUCUAUAAUUUUUUUAAAAAGUAAUCCGGCAUUUCAUUGGGUCUAUAAAAGGUGCUCGUUUUAUGGCCCAACCUGAGAUCUUAAUUUCGUAACUCGAGCUAUAAAGAAUUUAAUACCAAUAUUCCCAGGAUAUUAAAACUUAAUUUCGCUCUACGGUUUUAAAUUUGAAAUGUUUUAGGAUAUCUCGGAAAAAUGUACAAACAAGUGCAUUACCAGCCCUGGAAGUUCGCUUUCGAACAAUGAAAAACAAUGUUUACAACGGUGUAUGGAUCGAUUCAUGGAGUCGUGGAAUCUAGUGUCACAGACUCUCCAAAAACGUCUGCAAGAGGAGGUCGCAGCUGCCGGCAUGGGCGGCUUCGGCGGCAGUUCUUUCUCUUGA